UUCCGCGGUUAAACACGCGUAUCGUUUUUCAACCGUCUCGCGUUAUUUCCAUUGCGCGAUAUUCUCAUUUAUUAUUUCAAUAAACAUAAACGAUUUUGUGAAAAAAAACUUAAAUAAUAAAUGGAUUAAACGAACAUUUUUUUGAGUCGUUCGUGUUUACUCGUUCGGUUUGUGAUCAAAAGUUCAAAUCUCUGGAUUAUAAUAAUUGUUAAAGUAAAGGUGCCAAAGUCUGGAUGAAGUUCUAGUAACGACAAAUUAAUGGAGAUAUACGGAUUUCAACACACGCAAUGGUUUUCUGGUGUUAUUGGAAUAAUUUCGGAAUUCAGUAUCUAAUAUUUGCAAUCACAUCAAUCAAAAUGGUAUUGGAUGCAAAACCGAUAAUUCCAGCUGAAAUAAGCAAGGAAGAAAUAAGUCCAUACUGGUCUUUCAAUGAAACUGCUGAUAUAUCCAAGUACGAAGAUUUCGACCAUAGAAAGUUCUUAGAGCACGAACUGCAUCUAGACGUAUCCGACCCGGCGAACGCCGACGAGUUACAGCCACCGGUCAAGCUGCGUACCACCACGUUGGCGCCAUCCACGCCGACUCCCGAGCCGAUCAUUCACGUGGGCACGACAAACGUUACAGUUCAGCUGGGCAGCACGGCGUUGCUUCACUGCGAGAUAGCCAACAUAUCCGAGAAAAUGGUGUCUUGGGUACGGCGGAGAGAUUGGCAUAUUCUGAGUUCAGGUGUGUUGACGUACAUAAAUGACGGACGUUUCCGAGUAUUUCAUUCUGAAAAAAGCGAUGACUGGGAUUUAAGGAUAUCGCCAGUAGCUAAGAUCGACAAUGGUACUUACGAAUGCCAGGUUGGUACAGGCACUGGCAUUAUGACACAUUAUUUCAACUUGUUCGUGAUUGUACCUACGGCUGUAAUAUCAGGCAGCGAUGAAUAUCAUACACCCGAAGGAAAUUCAAUAGUAUUGUGUUGUAAAAUCGAAAAUAGUCCAGUACCGCCGCAAUACGUGUUAUGGUAUCAUAACGGUAAAGUCAUAUCAUCCGGUCAUUUUAACAAAAAUGGACUGAAACCCGAUCGCUUGUCUAUCAGCACGGAACAGAUAGAUCGUAAAAUUUACAGUCGCUUGACAAUCACAAAAGCAAUCCAGAUUGAUACAGGAAAUUAUACGUGUCAGCCUCCAAACACUGACCCCGACUCCACUUACAUUCACAUCACGCCAGAAAUUGACAACACAGCCGCAAUUCAACGACACAAAAGCUCAAAUUCAGCUCUGUUAGUGACAGAAUUGUCAAUUUUCCCAUUGACAUCGUUCCUUCUUAUUGGUCACAAUGGAUUUCGAUGGGUUUUUUUAUAAGCACAACUAUAUUUGGUUUUUACUAAAUUGAGUAAUUCAAAUAUUUUUGGUGUAACCUUUACCAUAAUAAACUUUGUUUUUAUGUUAAUAAAAUAUUAACGUAUGUUUCAUGGACUUACUAAAACUAUAAAGAAGUUCUUUGUAAAAUAAAAUAAUUUUCCAUAAUCUUAUUGUAUACAAAUCAUGUAUAAAAAAAAUAUAUCCUUUUUAAGGUUUUAAAAUGAUGGGACAAAUUUAUAGUAUCCCAGCGCGCUUUACAUUUUCAGUCUAAAGUUUUAUUGGGAUUUAUUUUUUUUUAUUUUAUGUUAGCUGAAAACUUAAAAACUUGUAAUAUACAAUCCUCCCAUUUUGAAUUUUACCACAUUUUUUUAAAUGUUUUAUUUUGUCACUAAUUUAUUCUAUUUUUAUUUAAAAUAGUUUAUUCAUUGUAACUGGUUUUUUGGCGAAAAUCCCAAUCAUUAUACUUAAAAUAAGUAAUUAUAUUUUCUCUUAUUAAUUUAUUGUGUAUAUAGUUUUUAAUGAUUUAUAUACUUUUUAACGGACAUUAUCAUGUGCUAUCUCCUAAAUGAAUUACUUAUCAAGUUAACAGUAUUGUGUACAUUGUAGUAUAAUAUUGAUUUUAGAUUUAUUAUUAAUCAACACCCAAAUAUACUGAUAAUUUCAUUAAACAAUUUUCUGUUAUUGAAAAAAUUAUAAAUAUUCUGUAUUUAUUUAUUUAAAAAUGUUCUGACUGUUAAUUUAUGUUUUAAGUCAAUGAGUGGUUAAGAAUUUUAAAAUU